AUGCCUCCCAAAGUUAGUGGUAAAGCUUCUAAGAAGACUGGCAAGGCCCAGAAAAAUAUCAGCAAGGAUUCAAAGAAAAAGCGUAAAAUUCGCAAGUUCGAAAGUUUCGCGUCUUUCAUUUACAAAGUCCUGAAACAGGUUCAUCCAGAUACAGGAAUAUCUUCCAAAGCUAUGAGUAUCAUGAAUAGUUUUGUGAAUGAUGUUUUCGAACGGAUUGCUUCCGAAUCUUCCCGUUUGGCUCACUACAACAAGCGUGCCACGAUAACGUCCCGGGAAGUCCAGACAGCCGUUCGGCUUUUGCUUCCGGGUGAAUUGGCCAAGCACGCUGUGUCUGAAGGGACCAAAGCCGUCACCAAGUACACCAGUUCUACCAGAUAA